GUUUUGCUGUGCCGGAGCUGAUAAUACUGUCAAACAGUCAUUGAGGAGGAGUGAUUUGCGUGACCUUGUGUGACUCAAAAUAGGUUUAUUUAUUCCUCCAUUUAUUUAAAAGUUCCGUCGCCGUUCACACUACCGCCGCAGCUCAAGUCCCUGUAGCUAGGGUGUUAAGGUUCCGAUGGGAGUACCGUCGUUCUACAGGUGGUUGAUCGAGAGGUAUCCGUUGAUUUUGCAAGAUGUCAUUGAAGAAGAGCCGCUUGAAAUCGGCGGCGGCGGCGGCGUCGUCACGGUUUCGGUCGAUACUAGCAAACCUAAUCCUAAUGGCGUCGAGUAUGACAAUUUGUAUCUCGACAUGAACGGAAUCAUUCAUCCAUGCUUCCAUCCCGAAGACAGGCCUUCUCCGACAACGUUUUCCGAGGUGUUUCAAUGCAUGUUCGAUUACAUAGAUAGGCUUUUUGUGAUGGUUCGACCCCGGAAGCUGUUAUACUUGGCUAUUGACGGUGUUGCUCCAAGGGCGAAAAUGAAUCAACAGAGAUCCAGACGGUUUAGAGCUGCAAAGGAUGCAGCAGAAGCAGCAGCUGAAGAAGAGCGGCUGCGGCAAGAGUUUGCGAGUGAAGGGAAGAGGUUGCCUCCUAAAGUGGACUCCCAAGUUUUUGACUCUAAUGUUAUAACUCCUGGAACACACUUCAUGUCUACUCUCUCAAUUGCGUUGCAGUACUACAUUCACGUUAGACUAAAUUCUGAUCCUGGGUGGAAAAAGAUUAAGGUUAUCCUCUCAGAUGCUAAUGUUCCUGGUGAGGGGGAACACAAGAUCAUGUCGUACAUACGUCUUCAAAAGAACCAUCCUGGUUACAACCCAAACACCUGUCAUUGUCUGUAUGGUUUGGACGCAGAUUUGAUCAUGCUGGCUUUGGCCACCCACGAAAUUCAUAUAUCGAUCCUUCGUGAGGUUGUAUUCACUCCUGGACAACAAGACAAAUGCUUCUUGUGUGGCCAGAUCGGGCACCGAGCAGCAGAUUGUGAGGGCAAGGUAAAGAGGAAGGCAGGAGAAAUGUUUGAUAAUACUGAGACAGAUGUCGUGGCUAAGAAGCCAUACCAGUUCGUCAAUAUCUGGACACUUCGAGAGUAUUUGGAGUACGACAUGCAGAUACCUAACUCACGAUUGCAAAAAUGUUUGGACCGGAUAAUCGAUGAUUUCAUCUUCAUCUGUUUUUUUGUUGGGAAUGAUUUCUUGCCACAUAUGCCUACGCUAGAGAUCCGAGAGGGUGCUAUAGAAUUACUGAUGUCUGUCUACAAGAAGGAAUUUGGAUCAAUAGCAAGUUACUUAAGCAAUGGAAGCAAGCUGAACUUAAAAAAUGUGGAGCAUUUUAUCCAGGCCGUUGGGCUCUUUGAAAAUAAUAUAUUUCAGAGGAGAGCACAAACUUAUCAGAGGCAAUCGGAAAGGUUUAGUCGUGAUAGAGCUCGAGCAAGCAGAAAAGAUGACGAUGGCCAGGUUGUGCAACUAGAGAAUCUAGUUGGAGAGUCUGAUUCAUUGCAUGCCUUACCUCCACGAAAAUGUUUGCGUCUGUCUUCGGAUGAUAGCAUUGGUGUGGUGAAAGUUGAAACAGAAAAUAGCAUUAAAGAAGAAGAACUAGAUAAUAGCGAAGAUUUGAAGUUUAAGCUUAAGAAACUGAUGCGGGAGAAAUUUGAUGAGUUCAGCACAGGAAAAGGCGAAGAAGAUAAGGUUAGGCUAGGUGUACAAGGAUGGAGGGAGAGAUACUAUGAGGAGAAAUUCACAGCUAAGUCUGUAGAGGAAAUGGAACAAAUACGCAGAGAUGUUGUUUUAAAGUAUACAGAAGGCCUUUGUUGGAUAAUGCACUAUUAUUAUCAUGGUGUUUGUUCCUGGAAUUGGUUUUAUCCCUAUCAUUAUGCACCUUUCGCAUCUGAUCUCAAGUUCCUUGAUAAGCUAGAUAUUAAGUUCGAACUAGGUGCCCCUUUUAAACCAUUUAAUCAGCUUCUGGCAGUUCUUCCAUCUGCAAGUGCACAUGCUCUCCCAGAGUGCUUUAGGACAUUGAUGACAGAUCCAGAUUCACCUAUAGCUGACUUUUAUCCUUCUGAUUUUGAGAUUGACAUGAAUGGAAAGCGCUAUUCGUGGCAGGGUAUAGCAAAACUGCCUUUUAUUGAAGAACGGCGUCUUCUGGCAGCAGCCGCACAAGUGGAGCAUUCACUGACGAACGAAGAAAUUCGAAGAAACAGUGUGUUGUCUGACAUGCUCUUUGUAGUUGCACCUCAUCCCCUUGCUGAGCUCAUCCGUUCUCUUAAUAGCCGUACCAUAAAAUUGAGCACUGAAGAACGAGGAACAAUUACGGAAACAGUUGACCCUGGACUAAGUGAAGGUAUGAAUGGUUACUUAGCUUCAUGUGGUGGAGAUAGUCAGCCUCCGUGCUUCCGUUCCCCAAUCGAGGGUAUGGAAGAUAUUUUAGCCAAUCAAGUCAUUUGUGCCAUAUAUAAACUUCCAGAUGAUGUUAGAGGCAGCAACGCCGCUCGUCUACCUCCAGGAGUGGUGCUCCCUAAAAAGACUGUACAGCUAGUGGAUUUGAAAGGUGGAGCUAAUCUAUGGCAUGAAGAUGGUGACAGAAGACGAGCUCCUGCAAAGAUAAUAAAAAUCAAGAGGUAUAACCCACAAGGAUCCAUUUCUGGUGAUAGGCUUGGGAAGGCAGCACACAGACUUGUGCUACAAACAAUAAAUUCCCAACCCGAUCAGACGUUCAUCAACUCAGAAGCAGCAUUGUGUCCAAAUACUAUCUUCCAGAACGAACAAGUGUCGAAAAAAGUUCCAUUAUUCCAAGGGAAUGUGAUGCUGAAGAUACACCCUCAGAGUGAGUUCACCCGGAAGAAGAAGAAAAGUAAAAACCUUCAAAGUAAAAUCUCUGCAGGCCCUCGUACCCGGAAGAAGAAGAAAGACAAAAGCCUUCAAAGUAAAAUCUCUGCAGCCGCUCAAAGAAGCAAACUCACUGAGGAGGAGAAGAAGACAGCAGACAGAAAGCGCAUCAAGCAAGCGGAGAAGAGAAAGAGAAAUUUAGCUAAUAGAAUAAAGAGAGCCAAAAAUGAGCAGGCAAACAAAUGAUGAAGCAAUUAUGAUAAUGCAUUGGUGUGAUCAGGUGUUUUGGUAGAUCCAAACAGUUUUGAAAUUGAUACUCAUUAUUAGUUCCCUUUUUCUUUGUCACGUCCUUCAAGUACACGCACUUUAUUGAAUUAGUUUAACAUGAUAUA